AUGCAUUUUAACACGUCCAUCUGCCUUCAUCAUUUAACCUGUGUCCAGGGUGGUCAUUUCGAUCUGGCCGACCGGAUGUUCCACAGUGUUGGCGACGCCUGGCUGAGCGCUAGUCGACAGAACAUGGCGGAUGUGCGCGAGUUGAUACCUGAGUUCUUCUAUUUACCCGACUUCCUGGUAAACGCGAACCAAUUCGACCUGGGCACGAAGCAGAACGGAACUGCCGUCUCUGAUGUCGUUUUGCCACCCUGGGCUAAGGAGGAUCCCCGCGAGUUCAUUCGUAUUCACAGAGAGGUUCUCGAUCUGCCAUGA